AUGUUUAUCCUGAUAGCAACAAUCUCCACGUUCAUAUUUCCCUUCUACUGCAUCUACAAACCGCCAAACACUUUGAUACGGUAUUUCCAGCGCCGCUGGCCGGAUGUGUUGUGGCACGUGCCUACUUCCGAGAAAGUGAUCGCCUUGACUAUCGAUGAUGCGCCAUCAGAAUUCACAAGGGGGAUCCUGGAGCUGUUGAAGGAGAACGAUGCAAAAGCGACGUUCUUCGUUAUUGGCGGGCAAGUCAAGGGAAGGGAAGGGAUUCUGGCACAGAUGGCGAAGAGCGGUAUGGAACUCGGCAACCACGCAAUGCAUGAUGAACCGAGUCGAUCCCUUUCGCCGACGCAGCUGGAAGCUGAGAUGGGAGAAGUCGAGAGCUCGAUCAACGGCACCUAUGCAAACCUUGAGCUGCCGCGGCCGCCCAAAUACUUCCGCCCUGGGUCUGGGUUUUUCAGUACGAGGAUGCGCGCUCAGGUCAAAGAGCUAGGGUACCAGAUGGUCUUGGGGAGUAUCUACCCUCAUGACCCGCAAAUUCCGUACCCGGGGGUAAACGCAAGGCACAUCUUGAGCAUGGCGCGGCCUGGUGGAAUCAUCAUCUGUCACGAUAGGAGAGGGUGGACGAUACCGAUGUUGCGCAAAGUGCUGCCUGAGCUGAAGAGAAGAGGGUACACAGUCACGACGGUAACAGGAUUGCUUGAAGCUGCAGCGAGAACGGAUAGCAGGAGUAGAGCGAGCUGA